UCAUCAUCAUUUCAGUCCUUACAAAUUCUUCAUAAAAAAAAAACAACCAAAUUUCCAUCCCUCAAUUUAUGCAAAAAUGAACUCCAUUACUUAUUAUAAUAAUCAUAAUUAUAAUUAUAAUUAUAAUUUAAAUACACAGUUUAUAAAUUCAACCUGUUACUCGACGCCUGUUUGCGUCUCCACAAACCGUUUUCCGGUAACUAGAAAUAGAUUUAGAAAUAGAAAUAGAAAGAGGAAGAUUGUUGCCAAGGCGGCGGUUGCGACGGCUGGCCGUGGGCGUGUGAACGGAGAGGAAUUGAGUACCAGUAAUAGUAAUAGUAAUAGUGCUUUAGAACAGUUAGAUAUAGAACGAGGUGUAUGUAUUCCUUUCCGAAAGUACUCUCCCGAAACCGUUAGUAGUAAGGUGUUGGAAAAUCAAGGUGCAAUUUUGUCAUUGCUUGGCAGAGGAGUUGAGAUUGUUUGGAAGUUAGGUUUCUACUGGACCAGAUUGGUGUAUGAUUACCUAGUUGGCCGUGAUGAAGAAGUUGUUCCUUUCCGCGCUCGGCAACUCAGGAAUUUGUUAGUUGACUUGGGCCCUUCUUUCAUUAAAGCCGGCCAGGUUCUUGCAAACAGACCUGAUAUUAUUAGGGAAGAUUAUAUGAAUGAACUUUGCAUUCUGCAAGAUGAUGUUCCUCCUUUCCCCAAUCAGGUUGCUUUCAACAUUAUAGAAGAAGAGUUGGGUCAACCUCUAGAAGCUGUUUUCAGUAAAAUUUCAUCAGAAACUAUAGCGGCUGCAAGUUUAGGUCAAGUGUACAGGGCUACUCUACGUGCAUCAGGAGAGGAUGUUGCUAUUAAGGUCCAAAGGCCUGAAAUAGAGCCCAUAAUAUAUAGGGACCUUUUCCUAUUCCGAACACUUGCUUCAUUUCUCAAUGGAAUAAGUUUGCAGAAGUUGGGUUGCAACGCAGAACUAAUAGUUGAUGAAUUUGGUGAGAAGCUUCUGGAAGAGCUUGAUUAUACAUUGGAAGCUCGGAAUAUUGAAGAUUUUCUUGAGAACUUCAAAAGUGAUCCUACUGUCAAAAUUCCCAGGGCAUACAGACAGCUUUCUGGUUCACGAGUUCUAGUUAUGGAAUGGAUUGAUGGAAUACGGUGUACUGAUCCACAGGCCAUCAAGGACGCUGGUAUAGAUGUUAAUGGAUUUUUGACUGUUGGUGUUAGUGCUGCUUUGCGGCAAUUGCUUGAAUUUGGAUUGUUUCAUGGAGAUCCUCACCCUGGAAAUAUCUUCGCUAUGCGUGAUGGACGUAUUGCAUAUGUGGACUUUGGUAAUGUUGCUCAGCUAAGCCAGCAAAAUAAGCAGAUUCUGAUUGAUGCUGUUGUGCAUGCUGUAAAUGAAGAUUAUGCUGAAAUGGCAAAUGAUUUCACCAGACUUGGAUUUCUUGCUAAAGGAACAGACGUCUCUCCAAUUAUUCCAGCGCUGGAAGCAAUUUGGCAGAAUUCUGCAGGAAAAGGACUAGCUGAUUUCAAUUUUAGAAGUGUUACAGGCAAAUUCAAUCAACUUGUUUAUCAGUACCCUAUUCGGAUCCCUGAAAGGUUUUCUCUCGUGAUUCGCUCUUUGUUGACUCAAGAAGGCAUCUGUUUCACACUAAAACCCGAUUUUAAGUUUCUUGAGGUUGCGUAUCCUUAUGUUGCAAAGCGCCUCUUGACUGACCCAAAUCCUGCUCUUCGAGAACGUCUCGUACAGGUUCUGUUCAAAGACGGUCUCUUCCAAUGGAAACGACUUGAAAACUUAAUUGUGCUUGCAAAGGAGAAUGUGACAAAGAUGAGCAGUGCAUUUCAAGGAAGUAACAUGCAAAAUUCUGGAGAGUUACAGGUUCAAAGGAAACUGGAUCUAACAGACACCAUUAAAGAUGGAGUUCGAGUUAUCCUGAUUGAUGAAGGAAUACGUAGGCAGCUUCUUCUCGCGUUAACAGAAGACUCUAAGCUUCAUGUUGAAGAGCUUGUUGAUGUGUAUAGGCUUGUAGAAGACCAAAUAGACAUACCAUCAGUUGCUUUGGAGGUAGCCAGAGACUUACCAACGGCUGCCCGUGAUUUCAUGCUUUCCUGGAGCGCUUCUGUUCUAUCUGAUAAAUGAUCCGGGGUUUUGACGUACCAUUUUCCACCUAUGUGUUCAUAUCUUCUUUUAUUUUCCUUACACUUUCCUCGAUAAACCACAGAAAGCACCCAUCAUUCGUUGACAACUAAAGAUGUAUUUAUGGAUGUAUAGAAUCAAGCCAUCAGAUCUCAUGGCUAAACGAAUUUUAUAGGUGAUAGCAACUGUUUAAGUUGAUGUAUGAUAAUUAAUUAGCCUUUACAUUGAGACACCAUUGGGUAUAUAACAUAUACUAGCAGAUAUAUACUGUCGCUUAGAUGUUGGAGGAGAUGUAAAUAACACAGCAAUCGACUUAAUGCAAUUUUUUAUUUUAUUUUUUGGUCAA